AUGAAGAAGGAAGCAUUGGAGAAGCAGAUUAAGGAGGAAGCAUUUGAAAAAAGGCAAUGUCAGUUUGUAACUCAUGACAGCUUUGGAUAUGAAGCAGACCAAGUAAUGGAAGAAGCACUUGCACAACAAGUAGUAGAACAAACAAAUGCAGAUGAGCAGCAAGCUGCAGAGGAUUUUGCAAAGGAGGAGCAAGAACCAGUAGUACAAGAAGAGGGGUUUGCAGAGGAGGAGCAAGCUGAAGACGAUGUUCCUGAGGAGGUCUCUGAUUUUGCAGAUGAGUUUGAAGAGGAAAAUGAUGGAGAACUUUCCGAUGUUGAAGGUAAUGGCAGUGAAGAGGGGUCUGUGUUUGCUGAUGAUAUUGCAGAUAGUGACUAUGUUGUGAGUGAUUUAGAUGAUGAUCUCAAAGAGGACACAGUUGAAGAGCCUGUAGAUGUAAACAUUAGAGCAAAGGCUGAUCCUAUACAAGAUUCAGAUGAAGAGGAACUGCAGCUAGCAGAUUCUGUUGAUGAAGGAGGUGCAAAAUAUAAAUUCAAAUGA